CGAGACGCGGCGGUGGCCAGCAGCGGAGCAGGCUGCCCGUGGGGGCCGACCCGGCGGAGAGCGGAGCCCAAGGCGCGACGCGGCGCAUCUCCGCACACGCACACGGAGCCAUGAGGUCCCACGUUGCCCCCAGCUGCCUCGUGGCCUGGCUCUUUGUGCUGAUCCCUGGAUGCCUGGGCCAGGUGAACCGACUGCCCUUCUUCACCAACCACUUCUUUGACACGUACCUGCUGAUCAGCGAGGACACACCUGUGGGUUCCUCUGUGACCCAAUUGCUGGCCCGAGACAUGGACAAUGACCCCCUGGUGUUCGGCGUGUCUGGGGAGGAGGCUUCCCGCUUUUUUGCCGUGGAGCCUGACACAGGUGUGGUGUGGCUGCGGCAGCCGCUUGACAGAGAGACCAAGUCUGAGUUCACAGUGGAGUUCUCUGUCAGCGACCACCAGGGGGUGAUCACACGGAAGGUGAACAUUCAGGUCGGGGACGUGAAUGACAACGCACCCACAUUUCACAAUCAGCCCUACAGCGUCCGCAUCCCUGAGAACACGCCGGUGGGGACACCCAUCUUCAUCGUGAACGCCACGGACCCCGACCUGGGCGCGGGCGGCAGUGUCCUCUACUCCUUCCAGCCCCCGUCCCUGUUCUUCGCCAUCGACAGUGCCCGUGGCAUUGUCACGGUGACCCGGGAGCUGGACUACGAGACGACGCAGGCCUACCAGCUCACCGUCAACGCCACGGAUCAAGACAAGACCAGGCCUCUAUCCACCCUGGCCAACUUGGCCAUCAUCAUCACAGAUGUCCAGGACAUGGACCCCAUCUUCAUCAACCUGCCUUACAGCACUAAUAUCUAUGAGCAUUCUCCUCCGGGCACAACAGUGCGAGUUAUCACUGCCAUUGACCAAGAUAAAGGACGUCCCCGGGGGAUUGGCUACACUAUCGUCUCAGGGAAUACCAACAGCAUCUUCGCCCUGGACUACAUCAGUGGAGCGCUGACCUUGAACGGCCUGCUGGACCGCGAGAACCCCCUAUACAGCCACGGCUUCAUCCUGACCGUGAAGGGCACAGAGCUGAAUGAUGACCGUACCCCGUCCGAUGCCACAGUCACCACAACCUUCAACAUCCUGGUUAUUGACAUCAAUGACAAUGCCCCGGAGUUCAACAGCUCCGAGUACAGCGUGGCCAUCACCGAGCUAGCACAGGUCGGCUUUGCCCUGCCCCUCUUCAUCCAGGUGGUGGACAAGGACGAGAACUUGGGCCUGAACAGCAUGUUCGAGGUGUAUCUGGUGGGGAACAACUCCCAGCACUUCAUCAUCUCCCCCACCUCUGUCCAAGGGAAAGCGGACAUUCGCAUCCGGGUGGCUGUCCCCCUGGACUACGAGACUGUGGACCGCUAUGACUUUGACCUCUUUGCCAAUGAGAGUGUGCCUGACCACGUGGGCUAUGCCAAGGUGAAGAUCAGCCUCAUCAAUGAGAAUGACAAUCGGCCCAUCUUCAGCCAGCCACUGUACAACGUCAGCUUGUACGAGAACGUCACCGUGGGGACCUCUGUGCUGACAGUCCUGGCAACAGACCACGACGUGGGCACCUUCGGGGAAGUCAACUACUUCUUCAGUGAUGACCCUGACCGGUUCUCUCUGGACAAGGACACAGGACUCAUCAUGCUGAUUGCUCGACUGGACUAUGAGCUCAUCCAGCGCUUCACCUUGACCGUCAUCGCCCGGGAUGGGGGUGGUGAGGAAACCACAGGCCGGGUCAGGAUCAACGUGUUGGACGUCAACGACAACGUGCCCACCUUCCAGAAGGAUGCCUAUGUGGGGGCCCUGAGAGAGAAUGAGCCUUCGGUCACACAGCUGGUGCGGCUCCGGGCAACAGAUGAAGACUCACCUCCCAACAACCAGAUCACCUACAGCAUCGUCAAUGCCUCCGCCUUUGGCAGCUACUUCGACAUCAGCGUGUAUGAGGGCUAUGGAGUGAUCAGCGUAAGCCGUCCCCUGGAUUAUGAACAGAUCCCCAACGGGCUGAUUUAUCUGACAGUCAUGGCCAAGGAUGCUGGCAACCCCCCUCUGAACAGCACUGUCCCCGUCACCAUUGAGGUGUUUGAUGAGAACGACAACCCACCCACCUUCAGCAAGCCUGCCUACUUCGUCUCCGUGGUGGAGAACAUCAUGGCAGGGGCCACAGUGCUGUUCCUGAAUGCCACGGACCUGGACCGCUCCCGGGAGUAUGGUCAGGAGUCCAUCAUCUACUCCUUGGAGGGCUCCUCCCAGUUUCGGAUCAACGCUCGCUCAGGUGAAAUUACCACCACCUCCCUGCUUGACCGUGAGACCAAGUCUGAAUACAUCCUCAUCGUACGGGCAGUGGAUGGGGGUGUGGGCCACAACCAGAAAACCGGCAUUGCCACCGUGAACAUCACCCUCUUGGACAUCAACGACAACCACCCCACCUGGAAGGACGCCCCCUACUACAUCAACCUGGUGGAGAUGACCCCGCCAGACUCUGACGUGACCACGGUGGUGGCUGUGGACCCGGACCUGGGAGAGAACGGCACCCUGGUGUACAGCAUCCAGCCACCCAACAAGUUCUACAGCCUCAACAGCAGCACGGGCAAGAUCCGCACCACCCACGUCAUGCUGGAUCGGGAGAACCCCGACCCCCACGAGGCGGAACUGAUGCGCAAGAUUAUCAUCUCCGUCACUGACUGUGGCAGGCCCCCUUUGAGAGCCACCAGCAGCGCCACAGUGUUUGUGAACCUCUUGGACCUCAAUGACAAUGACCCCACAUUUCAGAACCUGCCUUUCGUGGCUGAGGUGCUGGAAGGCACCCCGGCAGGGGUCUCUGUCUACCAGGUGGUGGCCAUCGACCUGGACGAGGGCCUGAACGGGCUGGUGUCCUACCGCAUGCAGGUGGGCAUGCCCCGCAUGGACUUCCUCAUCAAUAGCAGCAGUGGCCUGGUGGUCACCACCGCCGAGCUGGACCGCGAGCGCAUUGCCGAGUACCAGCUGCGCGUGGUGGCCACUGAUGCAGGCACACCCACCAAGAGCUCCACCAGCACGCUUACCAUCCGAGUGCUGGACGUCAACGACGAGACGCCCACCUUCUUCCCGGCUGUGUACAACGUCUCCGUGUCCGAGGACGUGCCUCGGGACUUCCGGGUGGUCUGGCUGAACUGCACUGACAAUGACGUGGGCCUCAAUGCCGAGCUCAGCUACUUCAUCACAGGUGGAAAUGUGGAUGGGAAGUUCAGCGUGGGCUACCGUGAUGCCGUGGUAAGAACAGUAGUAAGCCUGGACCGGGAGACCACAGCCGCAUAUGCACUCGUCCUGGAGGCCAUCGACAACGGCCCCGUAGGUAAGCGGCGCACGGGGACGGCCACCGUGUUUGUCACCGUCCUGGACGUGAACGACAACCGGCCCAUCUUUCUGCAGAGCAGCUACGAGGCCAGCGUCCCUGAGGACGUCCCUGAGGGACACAGCGUCGUGCAGCUCAAAGCCACGGAUGCAGAUGAGGGCGAGUUUGGGCGCGUGUGGUACCGCAUUCUUCAUGGUAACCACGGCAACAACUUCCGGAUCCACAUCAGCAACGGGCUCCUGAUGCGCGGGCCCCGGCCCCUGGACCGAGAACAGAACUCCUCCCACGUGCUGAUGGUGGAAGCUUACAACCAUGACCUGGGGCCCAUGCGGAGCUCUGUCAGGGUGAUAGUGUACGUGGAGGAUGUCAAUGACGAGGCCCCCGUGUUCACACAGCAGCAGUACAGCCGCCUGGGGCUUCGGGAGACUGCAGGCAUCGGCACGUCGGUCAUCGUCGUCCGAGCCACAGAUCGAGACACUGGGGACGGCGGCCUGGUGAAUUACCGCAUUCUCUCCGGCGCGGAGGGGAAGUUUGAGAUCGACGAGGGCACAGGGCUCAUCAUCACCGUGGAUUACCUGGACUAUGAGACCAAAACCAGCUACCUGAUGAACGUGUCUGCCACCGACCAGGCCCCGCCCUUCCACCAGGGCUUCUGCAGCGUCCACAUCACUCUGCUCAACGAGCUGGAUGAGGCCGUGCAGUUCUCCAACACCUCCUACGAGGCUGCCAUCUUGGAGAACCUGGCCCUGGGCACCGAGAUCGUGCGCGUCCAGGCCUACUCCAUCGACAACCUCAAUCAGAUCACCUACCGUUUCGAUGCCUAUACCAGCACCCAGGCCAAAGCCCUCUUCAAGAUAGACUCCAUCACGGGCGUGAUCACAGUCAAGGGCCUAGUAGAUCGGGAAAAAGGCGACUUCUACACCUUGACUGUGGUGGCAGAUGAUGGCGGCCCCAAGGUGGACUCCACCGUGAAGGUCUACAUCACGGUGCUGGACGAGAAUGACAAUAGUCCCCGGUUUGACUUCACCUCCGACUCCACCGUCAGUGUGCCCGAGGACUGCCCAGUGGGCCAGCAUGUGGCCACUGUCAAGGCCCGGGACCCCGACGCUGGCAGCAAUGGGCAGGUGGUCUUCUUCCUGGCCUCUGGCAACAUCGCUGGAGCCUUUGACAUCGUCACCACCAAUGACUCCAUUGGCGAAGUCUUUGUGGCCAGGCCCCUGGACAGAGAAGAGCUAGACCACUACAUCCUCAAGGUUGUAGCAUCUGACCGUGGCAUCCCUCCACGGAAGAAGGACCACAUCCUGCAGGUGGCUGUCCUGGAUGUCAAUGACAAUGCUCCAAUGAUCGAGAGCCCUUUUGGGUACAAUGUCAGCGUGAAUGAGAACGUGGGCGGGGGUACUGCUGUGGUCCAGGUGAGAGCCACCGACCGUGACAUCGGGAUCAACAGUGUCCUGUCCUACUAUAUCACCGAGGGCAAUGAGGACAUGACCUUCCGCAUGGACCGGAUCAGUGGCGAGAUCGCCACUCGGCCCGCCCCACCCGACCGUGAGCGCCAGAGCUUCUACCACCUGGUGGUCACCGUGGAGGACGAAGGCACCCCCACGCUGUCGACUGUCUGCAGAGACCCAGCCGAGCCCAGUGGAGACCCACGACCGACCGACCAUGAGUCCCUGACAUUCUGGCCCUGCCUCCAGGCGGGUCUCAGCCUGACCGGCUCCCGAGCCACUACUCAUGUGUACGUGACCAUCGUGGAUGAGAAUGAUAACGCACCCGUGUUCCAGCAGCCGCACUACGAGAUCUUACUGGAUGAGGGCCCAGACACUGUCAAUGCCAGCCUCAUCACCGUCCGGGCCCUGGACCUGGAUGAGGGGCCCAACAGCACAGUUAACUAUGCCAUUGUUGCAGGAAACAUCAUCAACACCUUCCGUAUCAACAGACACACGGGCGUCAUCAGUGCUGCCAAGGAGCUGGACUAUGAGAUUAGCCAUGGACGCUACACUCUGAUUGUCACCGCCACAGACCAGUGCCCCAUCUUAUCUCACCGCCUCACCUCUACCACCACGGUGCUUGUGAACGUGAAUGACAUCAAUGACAAUGUGCCCACCUUCCCCCGAGACUAUGAGGGGCCAUUUGAUGUCACCGAGGGCCAGCCAGGGCCCCGAGUGUGGACCUUCCUGGCCCACGACCAGGACUCGGGCCCCAACGGGCAGGUGGAAUACAGCAUCGUGGAUGGAGACCCUCUGGGCGAGUUUGUGAUCUCACCUGUGGAGGGGGUGCUGCGUGUCCGGAAGGAUGUGGAGCUGGAUCGGGAGACCAUUGCCUUUUACAACCUGACCAUCUGUGCCCGUGACAGAGGGGUGCCUCAACUGAGCUCCACGAUGCUGGUGGGGAUCCGGGUGCUGGACAUCAAUGACAAUGACCCCGUACUGCUGAACCUGCCCAUGAACAUCACCAUCAGUGAGAAUAGCCCCGUCUCCAGCUUCAUCACCCACAUCCUGGCCAGUGACGCUGACAGUGGAUGCAACGCACUCCUCACCUUCAACAUCACUGCAGGCAACCGAGAGCGGGCCUUCUCCAUCAAUGCCACGACAGGGGUCAUCACCGUGAACCGGCCACUGGACCGCGAGCGGAUCCCAGAGUACAAGCUGACCAUUUCCGUGAAGGACAACCCGGAGAACCCACGCAUAGCCAGGAGGGAUUUUGACUUGCUGCUGAUCUUUCUGGCAGACGAGAAUGACAACCAUCCCGUCUUUACUGAGAGCACCUACCAGGCAGAGGUGAUGGAGAACUCUCCCGCUGGGACCCCCCUCACGGUGCUCAAUGGGCCCAUCCUGGCCCUGGAUGCGGACCUGGACGUCUACGCCGUGGUGACUUACCGGCUGCUGGGCUCCCAGAGCGGUCUCUUGGACAUCGACAAUCGCACCGGCGUGGUGACGGUGAGGUCAGGUGUUACAAUUGACCGGGAAGCCUUCUCACCCCCGGUCCUGGAGCUGCUGCUGCUGGCUGAGGACAUUGGGCUACUCAACGGCACAGCAGACCUGCUGGUCACCAUACUGGAUGACAAUGACAACUGGCCCACCUUUAGCCCUCCCACCCUCACAGUCCUCCUGCUGGAGAACUGCCCACCAGGAUUCUCAGUCCUUCAGGCCACAGCCACGGACAGGGACAGUGGUCUCAAUGGGGAGCUGAUCUACCGAAUAGAAGCUGGGGCUCAGGACCGCUUCGUCAUCCACCCAGUCACUGGGGUCAUCCGUGUCGCCAAUGCCACCAUCGACAGGGAGGAGCAGGAAUCCUACCGGCUGACAGUGGUGGCCACCGACAGGGGCACCGCUCCUCUCUCAGGCACGGCCAUCAUCACUGUCCUUAUCGAUGACAUCAAUGACUCCCGCCCCGAGUUCCUCAACCCCAUCCAGACGGUGAGCGUGCUGGAGUCGGCUGAGCCGGGCACCAUCAUUGCCAAUGUCACCGCCAUUGACCGUGACCUCAACCCAAAGCUGGAAUACCACAUCAUUGGCAUUGUGGCCAAGGAUGACACUGACCACCUGGUGCCUGACCAGGAGGAUGCCUUUGCUGUGAAUAUCAACACAGGGUCUGUAAUGGUGAAGUCUCCACUGAACCGGGAGCUGGUUGCCACAUAUGAGGUGACUCUCUCGGUGAUUGACAAUGCUAGUGACCUACCAGAGCGCUCUGUCAGCGUGCCAAAUGCCAAGCUGACGGUCAACAUCCUGGACGUCAAUGACAAUACGCCCCAGUUCAAGCCCUUUGGGAUCACCUAUUACACAGAACGGAUCCUGGAGGGGGCCACCCCAGGCACCACGCUCAUUGCCGUGGCAGCCGUGGACCCCGACAAGGGUCUCAACGGGCUGAUCACCUACAGUCUGCUGGACCUGCUGCCCCCAGGCUAUGUGCAGCUGGAAGACCCCUCAGCAGGGAAAGUCAUUGCCAACCGGACGGUGGACUAUGAGGAAGUACACUGGCUCAACUUUACCGUGAGGGCCUCAGACAACGGGUCCCCGCCCCGGGCAGCUGAGAUCCCUGUCUACCUGGAGAUUGUGGACAUCAAUGACAACAACCCCAUCUUUGACCAGCCCUCCUACCAGGAAGCCGUCUUUGAGGAUGUGCCCAUGGGCACGGUCAUCCUGACGAUCACUGCGACUGAUGCCGACUCGGGCAACUUUGCCCUCAUCGAGUACAGCCUUGGGGAUGGAGAGGGCAAGUUCGCCAUCAACCCCACUACGGGUGACAUCUAUGUGCUGUCCUCUCUGGACCGAGAGAAGAAGGACCACUAUAUUCUGACUGCCUUGGCCAAAGACAACCCUGGGGACAUAGCCAGCAACCGCCGAGAAAAUUCGGUGCAGGUGGUGAUCCAGGUGCUAGACGUCAAUGACUGCCGGCCACAGUUCUCCAAGCCCCUGUUCAGCACAAGCGUGUAUGAGAAUGAGCCGGCAGGCACCUCCGUCAUCACCAUGAUGGCCACCGACCAGGAUGAGGGCUCCAACGGGGAGCUGACCUACUCGCUUGAGGGUCCCGGCGUGGAGGCCUUCCAUGUGGAUAUGGACUCAGGCCUGGUGACCACAAAGCGGCCACUGCAGUCCUACGAGAGGUUCAACCUGACCGUGGUGGCCACGGAUGGUGGACAGCCCCCACUCUGGGGCGCCACCAUGCUCCUGGUGGAGGUCAUUGACGUCAACGAUAAUCGCCCUGUCUUUGUGCGCCCGCCCAACGGCACCGUCCUCCACAUCAGAGAGGAGAUCCCGCUGCGCUCCAAUGUCUAUGAGGUCUAUGCCACAGACAAGGACGAGGGCCUCAACGGGGCCGUGCGCUACAGCUUCCUGAAGACGGCAGGCAACCGGGACUGGGAGUACUUCACCAUCGACCCCAUAAGCGGCCUCAUCCAGACCGCUCAGCGCCUGGACCGCGAGAAACAGGCCGUGUACAGCCUCAUCCUGGUGGCCAGCGACUUAGGCCAGCCAGUGCCAUACGAGACCAUGCAGCCACUGCAAGUGGCCCUGGAGGACAUCGAUGACAAUGAACCUCUCUUUGUGAGGCCCCCGAAGGGCAGCCCCCAGUACCAGUUGCUGACAGUGCCUGAGCACUCCCCACGUGGCACCCUCGUGGGCAACGUGACAGGCGCCGUGGACGCAGACGAGGGCCCCAACGCCAUCGUGUACUACUUCAUCGCAGCUGGCAACGAAAAGAAGAACUUCCAUCUGCAGCCGGACGGGCGGCUGCUGGUGCUGCGGGACCUGGACCGGGAGCGCGAAGCCGUCUUCUCCUUCAUCGUCAAGGCCUCCAGCAAUCGCAGCUGGACCCCUCCCCGUGGGCCCUCCCCAGCCCUCGACUUGGUCACUGACCUCACCCUGCAGGAGGUGCGCGUCGUGCUAGAAGACAUCAAUGACCAGCCCCCGCGCUUCACCAAGGCUGAGUACACUGCAGGAGUGGCCACCGAUGCCAAGGUGGGCUCAGAGUUGAUCCAGGUGCUGGCCCUGGACGCAGACAUUGGCAACAACAGCCUCGUCUUCUACAGCAUCCUGGCCAUCCACUACUUCCGGGCCCUUGCCAAUGACUCUGAGGACGUGGGCCAGGUCUUCACCAUGGGGAGUGUGGAUGGCAUCCUGCGUACCUUUGACCUCUUCAUGGCCUACAGCCCUGGCUACUUUGUGGUAGACAUUGUGGCCCGGGACCUGGUGGGCCACAAUGACACGGCCAUCAUUGGCAUCUACAUCCUGAGGGACGACCAGCGCGUCAAGAUUGUCAUCAAUGAGAUCCCCGACCGUGUGCGUGGCUUUGAGGAGGAAUUCAUCCGCCUGCUCUCCAAUAUCACCGGUGCCAUUGUCAACACUGACGAUGUGCAGUUCCACGUGGACAAGAAGGGCCGGGUGAACUUCGCACAGACAGAGCUGCUCAUCCAUGUGGUGAACCGCGAUACCAACCGCAUCCUGGACGUGGACCGGGUGAUCCAGAUGAUUGACGAGAACAAGGAGCAGCUGCGGAACCUCUUCCGUAACUACAACGUCCUGGACGUGCAGCCCGCCAUCUCUGCCCGGCUGCCCGAUGACCUGUCCGCCCUGCAGAUGGCGAUCAUUGUCCUGGCCAUUCUCCUCUUCCUGGCUGCCGUGCUGUUUGUCCUCAUGAACUGGUACUACAGGACCGUACACAAGAGGAAGCUCAAAGCCAUUGUGGCUGGCUCGGCAGGGAAUCGUGGUUUCAUCGACAUCAUGGACAUGCCCAACACCAACAAGUAUUCCUUCGAUGGAGCCAACCCCGUGUGGCUGGAUCCUUUCUGCCGGAACCUGGAGCUGGCUGCCCAGGCGGAGCAUGAGGACGACCUGCCAGAGAGUCUGAGUGAGAUCGCAGACCUAUGGAACAGCCCCACCCGCACCCAUGGGACUUUUGGGCGUGAGCCAGCAGCAGUCAAGCCUGAGGACGACCGGUACCUGCGCGCAGCCAUCCAAGAGUACGACAAUAUUGCCAAGCUGGGCCAGAUCAUUCGGGAGGGCCCCAUCAAGGGAUCGCUGCUCAAGGUGGUCCUGGAGGAUUACCUGCGGCUCAAAAAGCUCUUUGCACAGAGGAUGGUGCAAAAAGCCUCCUCCUGCCAUUCCUCCAUCUCUGAGCUGAUCCAGACUGACCUGGAGGAGGAGCCAGGGCAGCACAGCCCUGGCCAGGGCAGCCUGCGCUUCCGCCACAAGCCGCCGGCAGAGCUCAAGGGCCCCGACGGGAUCCACAUGGUGCACGGCAGCACAGGCACGUUGCUGGCCACUGACCUUAACAGCCUGCCCGAGGACGACCAGAAGGGCCUGGGUCGCUCACUGGAGACACUGACCACCUCGGAAGCCGGUGCCUUUGAGCGCAAUGCUCGCACAGAGUCCGCCAAAUCGACGCCCCUGCACAAGCUUCGGGACGUGAUCCUGGAGAGUCCCCUGGAGAUCACAGAGCUAUGACCAGACGGGGGCGUCACUGGUGCGAGCGGCUCCUGUCCCGUCUCCCAGCACAGGCCCCUCCCCAGGCUGGCUCUGGGCGCACCACCGCGAGCUGGCCUGCAGGCAGCCCACACAGCUGCUCAGAGUCCACCUCUGCCAGACGCCCAUUCAGCACCUGACCUCUAUCAAAAUUUGUUAUUUUUUUAAGAAAACCAAACAAAAAUGUUAAGCAUCUAAGGACAAAGGUAAGGAGGGUCACUGGGGGCCCGGGAAUCUGAAGACCAACUGAGCCCAGGCUGAGCUCUAAGAGGCCAAGCGGGCCCUUUCCCCCUCCCCUCUCCACAUCCCUGUCCUUGCCCACCCCACCCCCACCCCGACUCUCAGCACCAGAAGAGGGGAGCCCAGAGGGGCAUACCCUGCCUGGCCUCCCUGACUCCUGUUCAAGUCCUGAUGCGUUUCUAGCACAUGCCCGGCUGGACCUCCUGCAAGGGCCAGUGAUUGAUCCCCGCCUCCCCCCAUGGACAUGGUCCACAUCCGAGAAUUGCGUGCUCUACAUCUCACUGGCUUCCCAUCUGCCCGGCUCAUAAAGAGAAAUGACUGGUGUUCCCCUGGGUUCUGAAUAUAGAGUGUUUGUUUCUGUGUAUUCCUUUUUUAAAUUAAGUUAUUCCCUCAACAUUUUCCCCUUGAUUUUGUUUAACUGGCACUCACUGAAAGUUUCUGGAAUGGUUUGAAUUUUAAAUAAGAAAAGCAACUCACAAGGAA